AUGCACGCGCUGUCCCAUUCCGGCCGCCGCCAUUCCUCAAACUCGUCAUCGUGCAAGUCCGCCAGCUUCCCUCAGCAAGGACCCUCGACGCUUCAUAGCCAGUCCGCCGUCGUUGCUCCAAUUCGAGGCUCAGAGCCUGCGCCAACAUCUCUGGCGCGACGGUCGCGCCUCGAUAAAUACACCGAUUCCUCUCUCCACUCCUCUGCUGCUGCUGCUGCUGCUGCUUCGCCUGCGGCCGCCGCCGGUCCAGCCCAACAACAUCUCUGGCCCUCUCACCACGUAUCGCUUCAUCGCGUUGUUGUCGGGGCCGUCCGCUCCCCUCCCCUGCCACCGGUAUCCUUCACCAUGUCUCUGCGUCGCAAGGCAGCAUCCUCUGUCCCCGAGACACCUCGCGUCAUCUCGCCGAGUCCCGACCCCCCGGAGCACGACGCGGGCUACUCGGCACCCACGACGCGCUCGGCGGCCCGGAGGAGAAUGGCGUCCUCUCAGCACUCGCAAGACGAACACCCGCAACAAGACGAUGUCGACGACGAGGUUCCCGGCCUGCGGAGGUCCCGCACCAGAAGUAGAUCGCCAAUCGACUCCCGAACAAUGGCCCGCAUGACACCAAGCAACUCCAGCCUCGCCAUGAAACCUCUGUCCAAGGAGCCUUCUGAAAAGGUCGUCACAAAUGGCAAGAUAUCUACUUCGAAUGGGCACCUGGCCCCUCCCCAGCCUGCCACGCCCUCAGGCUGGUCCUGGCGGGACUUUAGCCGCAGUCCCAGCCCUCUCGGCCUCAUCCCCAUCCACCGACACUGGCGAACAUUCGUCCACAAACACGAGGUGCCUCGCAAAGCCCUCCACGUCUCGAUAGGCUUCUUUGUGGUGUGGCUGUACACGACGGGGACGCAGACGCAGGCUGUUCCCCCGUAUCUCAUGGCCGGACUGAUUCCCAUUGCUACGACAGACUGGCUUCGACACCGAUACACCGCGGUGAACAGGCUGUACGUGCGCCUUCUGGGUGCGCUCAUGCGCGAGAGCGAAUACUCUGGGUACAAUGGCGUCAUAUUCUACCUACUUGGCGCCUGGGCCGUCUUGUACUUUCUCCCCAAGGAUGUGGGCGUCAUGAGUGUUUUGCUGUUGAGCUGGUGCGACACGGCCGCCAGUACGUUUGGGCGCCUUUGGGGUCGCCAUACACCUCGGAUCCGUCGUGGCAAGUCGCUGGCUGGUUCCUUUGCCGCCUUCUUGGUCGGCGUGGCUACGUCAUUCUUCUUUUAUGGCUGGUUGGUCCCCGUUAUCGGACCCAUGCCUGGGGACGAGAACUUCAUGUUCAAGGGUACCCUCUCGCUGCCGGCUGUCGUGACAAGCGCUCUCGGUGUGUCUCGGGCUGCAGCUACUGUGUCGGGCACUUUGGCCUUGUCCAUCAUGGGCUUGUGGUCUGGUUUUGUUGCUUCUGCCAGUGAAGUGAUUGAUAUUUUUGGCUGGGACGAUAAUCUAACCAUACCAGUUCUCAGCGGCAUUGGCAUCUGGGGUUUCCUGAGGCUUUUCACUUAA